AUGAAGAACAAAGAAACUACAAACAAUGUUUAUAUUGCUUCAGAAGAACCUCGGGAAACUAUAGCUGCAGUGGCAACGCACAAACUGAAAGUGGUAGCACAAACUAUAUAUCAGAAGUACAAUUAUACCCGUGAGUAUGAUGCAUUGGUUGCAGACAAAACAAGCAUCUGCAAGGACAAUAAAGUUUUAUAUUCUGUGAUUGCUGUAUUACUGUUGGCCGAACGGUUUGGGUGUUUGGAUUCGGUGAAGGAGCUUCAACUUCAAAGCCAGCUGAUUGAAGCUGGGGUGAAGCUUCUGGUGCCAUCUUCUUCUGCCGAUGAUCUUCUUGCUGCCCUCGAUAAAGUAGAGGACCUUUUAUCCAUUGUGGGUCAAGAUCCUUCCAGUUUGAUUCAAGAUGGGCUCUUGCCUUCGAUGAUGGCUUUGAUCUCUGAUAGGCUGCUUAGACAUCCUAAUACAGAUGUCAGGAUUUCAGUUAUGUCUUGCAUCUGUGAGGUGUUAAGGAUAAGUGCUCCGCAUCAACCUUAUGAGAAUGAAAGAAUGAAGGAUAUUUUUCGGUUGACUUUAGCUGCAUUUGAGAAGUUGUCGCUUUUCUCUGGUCGCUGUUAUGCUAAAGCUUUGCACAUUCUUGAAAUCGUUGCAAAGGUCAGAUGCUGCAUCAUCUUGCUGGACAUAGGCUGCGACUCAUUGGUCACUAAUAUCUUUGAAGUCCUUCUAAGUACCAUUAAGUUCAACCACCCGCAAGCUGUAUUCUCGUACAUGGAAGACAUUAUGACUUGGCUUUUAGAUGAGAGUGAUGACAUCCCAUUGGGUCUUUUAAAGCCGCUUCUAGCUAGUGUGAAAAAGGAAAACCAGAUUACUUCACCCGUUUCCUCUUGGUUAGGAGAGAAAGUAUUAAAGAACUGCUCAACUAAAGUCAGACCUUAUCUUAUGAAUGCAGUGAAGUUAAUGAGGCUAGAUAUUAAUGAUUAUGCCGAUAUAGUUGCUUCGUUAUGCCGAGAUAUGCCAGCUGGGGACAAUGUGGUGCGAUAUCUUCUAUGUGUGGUGGAAGCAGAAGCAUAUGCAUCUUUUGUUGUGCCAGCAGAGGCUGAGCUUUGUGGUUCACUGCUGCAUGAUGGCACAUCUCUACAGAUUGAUGAUGAUGACAGCAGAUCAAAGGAUGAAAUUGAGCAGACGAAGAGCAUGGCUAAAGAAUCUGUUGCCGCUGAAACUUUAGAAAGUGGAGGAGAAAUUCAAGCAAGAGCAGGUGUUGGAAUAGUACCAAGUAGCAUGGGAAGAGAAUCUAAAUCUCUGGUAGAACGAGAGAAAGAUUAUGAACAUUCUGGGAUGACUGGCAGCCCAAAUUCUCUUGAAAUGCCUUAUAAGAGGAAGAAUCAUGGAAAACACACCUCCUCCCAUUUCCCAGAUCCAAGUGAUGUAGGUAAAAGUCUUCAGAGAAGGGGUAGGUCAAAGAAGAAAGGGAACAUGGCUAAUCAUGAUAGUGAUCUUGAUGGUCGCUUUCAGGGCUUUGAUGGUCACUUAAGAAUAGGAUCUUCCAGAACAAAACAUGCUGAAGAAAACCCUGUGAGAUAUUCAAGGAGGAAGAAAUCCGCUGUUAAGAAUAAUAUGGAGAGAACUGCUGGUGUAAAGAAUGUAGUUAUUAAGACGGAAAAAGACAUCCAUAGUGAUUCAGAAGAACAACCACUUAUUAUAUACAAGUUAAAGGAUGGAAGAAAAGGAGCAGAAGACAAAAAAGCUCUAAAAUCUGAGGUAUCCAAGAAACCUAGAAUUGCCAAAGAGUAUGGUGAAGAAUUAGUUGGUUCAAGGAUAAAGGUCUGGUGGCCCAUGGACAGUCAGUUUUAUGAAGGCGUUAUUGCUUCUUUUGAUCCUUCAAAGAAGAAACAUAUGGUUUUAUAUGUUGAUGGUGAUCAGGAGAUUUUGGAUCUGAAAAAAGAACGUUGGUUUCUGCUUGAUGACCAAGAGAAAAAGGGCAGCCUUACAAGUUCUGAUGCUGCUGCUGUUCGAUCCCGAACUCGAGGCCGAAAACGUGGUAGGAAGUCAGCAGCAAGAUCUGCUCUGGAUAUUCUUCACAUCAAAACCGAAAUCGAGGUUUUGGCAAAGGAUGACGAGGAAUCAAAGGAUGAGGAGGAGAAUCUCAGAAGUGAAACUCUCACGGAUGCAAGUAAAUCUAGCAACUAGAAGCUUAGCUGCAUGCACAAUCUAAAAAAGCAUCUCAGCAAGAACUCAACUGAUAUGCAUGGCGGCAAAUCGCUAUUACUGCAUCUUGAGGGUGGCAGAUUAAACUGCUCAAAACAAUAUAUGAGAAUAUCAUAAAGCUAACAUCAUGGCACUUUUUGAAGAGCAGAUCUUCUGAAAUUUUGUGGAACUUGAUCUUGAUACAUGCUAUGCAGUCGAUUUCUGCAUUAUUUGUAACCUUGUGAAACUUGUGGGGAUAGUAGUUAGCUCUUAGGCAUAGAUAGGGCAUGACUUGUUAUCUCAGCCAUAUGGAGCUCUGGCAUGACUUAUUUGUAGUAUAUCUCUAGUUUAGGUUCCUUUGCUCCUUGGAAUCGCUUUUGGUGCCAGCAUGCUGAUGUUGCAAAUACAUGCUUGGUGGAAGUAAUAAGUGCUUAAGGCUACUAUAUAUAUAUAUUCUGGUGGUAUUCCUGUCUAAAUUGGAACAAGUUCUUACUUUCAGAACA